AAAACUAUACACACAGAUAGCACGGAUGAUAUCUGUGUGUGCAAUACAUGGAGGUGUGGCACCAAAUUUCUUCUCGGAGAGGUUGUUUAAUCAGGUGUGUGAUAAACCCACUGCCCGUGCAACAUUGGAUGAAGUGAGUGAUGUCACAUUCAAAGAAAAACUACUAAAAAUUAAAGAAGCAAGAACUGUUGAAGAUGCAAAAGCUGCAAUAGAGGAGGCAGAGGACAGCCUGGCUAUUGUUGGGUCUUGCAGAAUCAUCACAACACUGAAGCAGAGGGAUGCCCUUGUGCAAUCUGCUGUCAAUUUCUUUGUUGAGGGCAGAUUAAAUGUUGCAUUGCAACAGUUUGUGGAGGGCUUCACCACACUUGGACUCCUCAAAGAGAUGAGAGCACACCCAGAUCUGUUCCGUAGCAUGUUUGUGAAGGAUGUGAGGCCUUUGAAGGCUAGCGACCUCUCAACACUUUUCCAAGUCAGCUUUUCAGCAUCAGGGACACACAAAAGAGAGCUAGAAAACCAGACCGUAUGCUACUGGCGAGACUGGCUAAUUGAUGUUGAAGAAGGAGAAUGUGCGCCACUAACUUUGGAGAAUGUGCUCGAGUUCGCAUCUGGGGCUUCCACGAUACCUCCCUGCGGUUUUUUCCCUCAGCCCACAAUUGAAGUCUUUCCAGAAGAACUUGGCAAAAUAUUUCCUGAAGCAAAUACGUGUGUCCUUGUUCUAAAAUUACCGGUUCACAAAGACUAUGAUUCUUUUAAAGCACAAAUGUGCAAUGCUGUGCUUUGGGCACCAACAUUUGGAUUAGUUUAAAAAUGUACCAGGUUCAUUGUGCACUUUAUUUAUAGCUCAUUUUAGAAGUUUUAUAGUGCACUAUUCAAUAUGUUAAAAUUAAGCUUUUAAAUCAGAACUGAGUUUUGUUGAAUUUAAGCUUUUAAAUAAGUUUU